AUGAGUAUGUUGUUGAUCGGGAUGUGCACGAGCUUGACGAAGAAGCCGACGAAGCCCAUGAUCAGGAAGCCGAUCAUCGUCGCCGACGCGAUCCGCGCGAACUCUUUCCUAUCGGGUUUGGUACAUUUCUUCACGAGGUGGAUCGAGUCCUGCGUGUGGGAUGUGUCUGCGUCGCGGCGACGGCGACGGCGCGGCGGCGGCGUGUGUGUUGCGCAGUAGUGUGGUGGCGGAGCGGGCGCAACGCGGCGGGCGCGUCUGUCGCGGCGACGGCGCGGCGUGUGUGUUGCGUUAAUGCGCCUCGCGACGGCGGCAGCGGCGCAGUAGUGUGGCGGAGCAGGCGCGGCGCGGCGGGCGCGUCCCGGCAAUGACUCGUUUUCGACGCAGCAAGACGUACCUUGACGAACUGCUUGAAGGGCUGUACGAUUACAGCGUUGACGUCCGACAUAUUCGCUGCGGGAUCUGGUCGCUGCGGUCGCUGUCGCUAUCUGGGUCGCUGCGGCAACUGCACAACCAGCGGAGUUACGGCU